CGACGCAUCAUCAGUCGUAUCGAGGUCGCCGAAUUCUUUUUUCAUCUGUCAUUUUCGCUAGUUGCCUGUUUUUAAAACACAUCAUUCAAAAUGCGUGAGUGUAUUUCUAUCCAUGUUGGUCAAGCUGGUGUCCAGAUGGGCAAUGCCUGUUGGGAGUUGUACUGUUUAGAACAUGGUAUCCAACCUGAUGGUCAGAUGCCUUCAGAUAAAACUAUUGGAGGUGGAGAUGAUUCCUUCAACACUUUCUUCAGUGAAACUGGUGCUGGUAAACAUGUACCAAGAGCUGUCUUUGUUGAUUUGGAACCAACUGUUGUAGAUGAGGUCCGAACUGGUACCUACAGACAACUCUUCCACCCAGAACAACUUAUUACUGGUAAAGAAGAUGCUGCCAACAAUUACGCCAGAGGUCACUACACCGUUGGAAAGGAAUUGAUCGACUUGGUCCUUGACAGAAUUAGGAAGCUGGCUGAUCAAUGUACUGGUCUUCAGGGAUUUCUCCUCUUCCACUCCUUCGGUGGUGGAACUGGAUCUGGUUUCUCAUCUCUCCUUAUGGAAAGAUUGAGUGUCGACUAUGGCAAAAAAUCCAAACUCGAGUUUGCUGUAUACCCAGCUCCACAGAUUUCAACUGCAGUGGUAGAACCCUACAACUCUAUCCUCACCACCCAUACCACUCUGGAACAUUCCGACUGUGCCUUCAUGGUUGAUAAUGAGGCCAUCUACGAUAUCUGCCGAAGAAAUCUGGACAUUGAAAGACCAACCUACACCAACUUGAACCGACUUAUUGGUCAAAUCGUCAGCUCCAUCACUGCUUCUCUUCGAUUUGAUGGUGCUUUGAACGUCGAUCUCACCGAGUUCCAGACUAACUUGGUACCUUACCCACGUAUCCAUUUCCCAUUGGCUACCUAUGCCCCUGUUAUUUCUGCCGAGAAAGCUUAUCAUGAACAGCUUUCUGUCAUGGAAAUCACCAAUGCUUGUUUUGAACCAGCCAACCAGAUGGUCAAAUGUGAUCCCCGUCAUGGUAAAUACAUGGCUUGUUGUAUGUUGUACCGAGGUGAUGUUGUCCCCAAGGAUGUUAAUGCUGCAAUUGCAACAAUCAAGACCAAGAGAACCAUCCAAUUUGUCGACUGGUGUCCAACUGGUUUCAAGGUCGGUAUCAAUUACCAACCACCAACUGUUGUACCAGGAGGUGAUUUAGCCAAAGUACAGAGAGCCGUUUGUAUGUUGAGCAACACCACAGCUAUUGCUGAAGCUUGGGCUCGUCUUGAUCAUAAAUUUGAUCUUAUGUACGCCAAGAGAGCUUUCGUCCAUUGGUAUGUUGGUGAAGGUAUGGAAGAAGGGGAAUUCUCUGAAGCUAGAGAAGAUUUAGCUGCUCUCGAGAAAGAUUAUGAGGAAGUUGGAAUUGACGGUAAUGAUGAAGAAGGUGAAGAAGGAGAAGGAGAUGAAUAUUAGAUAUUAAGAAAUGUUCAAUAUCGUAAUCAAUGUACAGCUGUUAUUCAGUUUAAAGCUUCCAUUGGGCGGGUUUUUGGAAAUCUUAGUUUAUCGACUUAUUUGGGUUUUGGUCAGAUUUUUCUCACCAUGCAUAACUUAAGAUUUUUAGAAACCGGUUGAAUUUUUUUUUGUAAACGUAUAAACAAGUGUCACAUCAUUGUAUGCUUAACUUGAUUUUCGUUUCUCUGUAUUCUUAAGCUUGUCUUCACUGUCAACACUUAUCAUAUAAACUUCAACCAUAGUCA